AUGGCGCGCAAAAGGAAGAUUUCUUCAACUUCUCUCAACGCAAUGGACGGCUCACGCGAAUUUCCGUCGAGCUUGGGUGACGAAUACACGGGGUCGCGAAUCAGCACCACUAUCAGAAGCUUUUUUGAAAGCAUUGCAGGGUCGAAUUCUGCAUCCACCAGUACCGUCAUCAAUGGCGCCACAGUGCAGUCCCGUCCCCUUCUGGCCAGAGUGCUUGCGGACGUCGCAUCUCAAGCACCUCGAAUAGGAGAGAACCUUGGACUACUUGGUUCUUUGGUCGACACAACCUUGUUCGAUGGCGGUCUCGUCGAUGAUCGUCAGUAUCAAAUGGAGAAGAUUCUCCAAUUGGCAGCUUCACUGCCUCCCGAGUCAAAGUCGCUGGAUGACUUGACCAACCAGUUCAUCAAGCUGCUCUGGGAGAACUUGGAGCAUCCUCCCUUGUCAUACCAAGGGGAUGAGUUCAAAUAUCGCACUGCCGACGGGUCCAACAACAACAUCAUGUACCCGCACCUGGGCAAGGCAGGUUCGUAUUACGCGAGGACCGUCACUCCUCAGACUCUCAAGCCAGGGGUGCUUCCCGACCCUGGUGUCAUCUUCGACGCCAUCUUCGCCCGGGGUGACGAGCCCAGAGAACAUCCGAACAAAAUCUCUAGCAUGCUCUUCUACCUUGCUACUAUAAUCAUCCACGACUGCUUCCACACUGAUGAUACCGACUACUCCGUGGUCAAGACCUCAUCUUAUUUGGACCUGGCGCCUCUGUAUGGGAGCAACCAGGAAGAGCAGAACCAAAUCAGAACCUUCAAGGAUGGUCUUUUGAAGCCAGACAGCUUCUGCGAGAAGCGCAUUCUCGGCUUCCCGCCUGGAGUCUCCGCCAUUAUUGUCUGCUUCAACCGCUUCCACAACUAUGCUGCCAUGCAGCUCAAGGAAAUCAACGAGGGGGGUCGGUUCAAACUGCCAAAGAACGACCAAGACACUGCGGCCAUCGCCAAGCUCGACAACGACCUGUUCCAGACAGCCAGGCUGGUGACGUGCGGCCUCUACGUCAAUAUCAUUUUGAACGACUAUGUGCGAACGAUUCUCAAUCUCAAUCGCACGAACUCGACUUGGACGUUGGAUCCACGGAAGAACUUCUCCGAUGUCUUUGACAGCGCAGGCGUUCCCUUGGGAGUGGGAAACCAAGUCAGCGUCGAGUUCAAUUUGGUCUACAGAUGGCACUCGGCCAUUAGCAUCAAGGAUGAGAAAUGGACCAAUGAUCUGUACCAGUCUCUGUUCCCCGGCAGAGAUGUCACUACAGUGACUCAGUGGGAGCUGUUACCGAAGCUGAAGAAGUGGCUGGACGACCGCGGCCCAGAUCCCUCCAAGUGGGAUCUUGACUCGGGCAAAUACAAACGCACACAGAGAGGGACUUUCCGGGAUGAAGAUCUUAUCAAGAUCUUGACGGAAGCUACCGAAGAUGUGGCCUGUGCGUUUGGACCCAGGAACGUGCCCCUCGUGAUGAAGCUCAUCGACGUCUUGGGUAUCCAGCAGGCGCGAGCCUGGAACGUGGCGACACUCAACGAAUUUAGGAAGUUCUUCAAACUGGAGCCCCACAAGACCUUCUCCGAUAUCACCAAGAACAAGGAGGUCGCUCGCUCCUUGAAAGCGCUUUAUGAACAUCCAGACUACGUCGAGCUCUAUCCCGGUAUCGUCGCCGAAGAUGCAAAGGAUCCAUUGGAGCCUGGCUCGGGCCUAUGUCCGGGAUAUACCAUCUCUCGAACCAUUCUGGCCGACGCCGUGGCUCUUACCAGGGGAGAUCGAUUCUACACGGUCGACUACACACCUGCGAACCUAACCAAUUGGGGCUGGUCCCAAGUCAAAUCCGACCCGGCUGUGGCACAAGGGGGCUGCUUCUAUACCUUGCUCAUGCGAGCUCUACCGUUCUACUAUCGUGGGAACUCGGUGUAUGCCAUGUUUCCCCUGACAGUACCCGAAGAGAAUCGUAAGAUCUUGACCAAGCUCGGCAAAGAGCAGGACUACAACUUCGACCGACCGACAUACAUUGGAGUUCCGACUUCAAUUCGGUCGUGGAAGGCUGUCACCGGCGUUCUUGGAGACCAGGCCUCGUUUUCCGUGCCCUGGGGUCCCCAUACUUUCUAUCUCACUCAUCAAGAUUAUAUGCUGAGCGGAGACAGCGCUGCCAAUGCGACGCAGCGAAAGGAAGUCGAGAAGGCCCUCUAUUGCCCGGUCAAUGGUCUUGCACAGGUGCAGAAGUUCUACGAGGACCUGACCACUCAACUAGUGGUUGCCCGGUCUGAGCGCCUGCGAGGCGAAUGGUACCAGCUUGACGCGUGCCGCGAUGUCGGCAAUCCGUCCCAUGCCAUAUUUGUUGCGCGCAUGUUCCAUUUGCCGCUCAAGCAGCCAGGAGACCUGAAUCCCGUCGGGGUUGAGGUCGACCAGCUCUACCUCGCGUUGUCCAUCAUGUUCGCCUACGUCUUCCUGGACCUUGACACAGCCAGCUCGUUCAAACUGCGGGCGGGUGCGAAGACGGCGAAUGAUCAACUCUCGAAGCUUGUCAAGAUCGUGUGCGAGGCGGUCAAGGUUGGUGGACUCCUUCGGGUCCGCGACCUGUUCUCCAUGGGGACGACUGGUGAGCUGCUCGGAGAUUACGGGACUUUGCUUCUGAAACGGCUCUUUGAGGGAGGCAAGUCGGUUGAGGAGGUUGUUUCGACCAUCAUCCCCACCGCUGCAGCUGCUGUUGCCACGCAGGCUCAACAUUUCAUCCAAAUGUUGGACGUUUACCUGUCGGACGAAUACAAGGAGCACUGGCCAGAGAUUCAACGAUGUGCUUGGUCCAACGACCCUGCUGAUUUCGAGAAACUCAAGGGGUACGCCCUUGAAGCGAACCGUCUGGCGCCAGCGGCUUUCGGGCUGCUUCGCAAGGCCAACAUCGACACGGUUAUCCCUGACAACGGCCAGAAAGUUCCAGUCAAGGCCGGCGACCAAAUCUACGUCGACUUUAUCGCGGCCGGCUUGGACGAGAGUGUGUUCCCCAACCCGCGCCAGAUUGAUCCCACGCGUGAUCGAUCGCUGUACAUCCACCACGGAUACGGCCCCCAUGCUUGUCUCGGCCGUCCCAUGGUCGAGGUGGCCAUGGCCGCUCAACUCAAGGUAUUUGCCAAGUUGAAGAAUCUCAGGAGAGCGCCCGGCCCACAAGGCCAGCUCAAGAAGACGGUGCCGGCGCCGAAUCCCACCAGCAGUGACCCGAAGUCCAACCCAGGCACCGUGGAGGUGUUUAUGCUGGAGGACUGGAGUUCGUGGUAUCCAUUCCCGACCAGUAUGAAAGUCCACCACGACGGCCUCUGGAAGGACCAACCCGACCAACUUGCGGGCCUGACCGGCGUGCCAGGUAUGCAGGAGGAAAUUCUGAACAGCGACAUGGCUGCAGCGAACGGCUUGAAUGGAGAUUACAUGGAGGAGGACACUGCUUGA